UUCCUCUUCACGAAAUUUCUACACAUUUAAUUCCCUUUUUUAUCUUUACAUAUUUGUAAAAUUGUACUUUAAAUUAUAGUAAAUUAUGGAAAGAAUAUUAUACAUACACAACUGUGUUAUGUCAUGGAUUCUGAAGAAUCUGAGGUGAUAAAUUUAGAGUCUAACUCCAAAACUCCUACUAGUCAUAAUGAGCGCAGUGUCUCUAAGCGUCAUUCCCAGAGUUUAAUCAGCGAGUCUAACUCCAAGCUUCUGCACUUAGGGAAGACUCUCCUCUCUUACAACACUGAGGAGAGUAAUAAGUAUGCCAUUGAUAUCGCAACCAUAUUCCUGAGUUCUAUACCUCCUGAAGGCCAUAUUCCACAAGAUCUUUUCAAUUACAUUAUAUCAAUUUUUCACAUAUAUUUUAAAAAUGAAUCUGUGGAUAAAAUUUUCAAUAAAUUUUUAACAAUUUCUGCUGCGACAAGUCCUAAACUGAGGCCUUUGAUACUGGAACAUUUAGUACGCCUAUUAGCUUUAAAAAGGGAUUAUUCUGGCAUAGUUAAUGAGGUCACCAGACGUUGUAAUGAGUGGAAUUUGGAGAUUCAUGAAGUUGCAAAACACUAUAAAUGGGUCGUAAAACACAUCGAAACACUCACUAACAUCUAUCCACAGAGUGUUCCUCCAGAUUUCAUAGUGGAGUUGGAGGAUGUACUGUUAACGUACUUGGAGUAUGAGAGAUUGCCGAAUAAGAAUUUGCUCAGUUUGUACACCAGGAUUUGUGGUUCCAAAUCACUGGACCUGAUUAAUAAAUACAUUGCAGUGUUUCCAAGAAUCUACUUUUUACGUUUCCACCGACUUAAACUUCUUUUAAAGGAUUCAAAUUCCGACAAAUCACUCAUAGAAGAGGAUUUGAUUAAAUUCGUUGAGCUUUCAGGAUAUUCCUCACUGAGUGUGGAGUUUUUAAACUUUUAUAACAGAUUUGUUUCCACCGACAAGCUGAUCCCCUUGUUAUUCACCACUGCAGUUACCGUACCGCAUUUAAAACGCAACUGGGACUGCUUAUACAAAGCUAUAAAAAAUAGAAGAGAUAAGGAUACCGUUAUGGGCACCAUAAAAAGAUCUUCACUUGUUUCAAUUUUCAAUAUCCCAAACAGUAUUGGAAGAAAAAUAACUAAAAAGGCUCGGAGGUCUUUUUUAACCGUGGCUUCACUAUUUGUGGACCAAAAUCACCUCAGGCUUCUCACUAAUCAACUCCACACACUCAAUUUGUUCGUGUUUUCUAUCACUUUUGACACAAAUUCCAAAAUCAAUUCUGAGAGGCCGUACGACCGUCAGGCUGACGGUUGUUCGGGAUCGAGUACAGUAGCAUUCUUUUAA